ACGUAGUUCAACUGCGGGAGGUGUUUUGCUGGUUUUCGGAGCGAUGUUGCCAGGAUCUAUUCAGAUCUCUGGGGAGACUUUAUCCAGUGCGGAGAUUCGGGAUAUCUGUGAGAGCUUGCGGGAGAACUCCAUCAAACUGCUUUCCCUCCGUGGUUGCCAAAUUUCCGAUAGAGAUUUCGGUCGCAUCUGCAAGGGGGUGGCAGAGUCUCAUUCCUUGGCUCAACUCAAUCUUAAUUUAGGGAUUGUUUCCAAUAUCAAUCGGGUCAAGCAAUUGGCUGAAGCUCUGAAGACAAACCGUUCUGUCCAAUCUUUAUUCCUUCAUGGAAGUCCUCUGACAGAUGCUGGUCUGGCCAUUCUCAACCCAGCUUUAUCCAUCCAUCCCUCCCUUGUGGCCUUGGAUUUGGGGGACUGCAUGCUGGGGGAUGAAGGCAUCAACUUGAUUUGUGGUCUUCUUCCUCCUGAUGGGGCCAAGUCAGGAUUGAAGGAACUGACUCUCAGUGCAAAUUCUGGCAUCACCCCCAAAGGAUGGGGACGUCUGGCGAUUGCAGUGGCUCAUAGUUCCCAGGUGCGAGUGUUGAACUUGGACUACAAUCCCCUGGGUGACCAGAUAGCAGCAAUGCUGGCUGUUUCAGUGGCAUCCAGCCGCACCUUAGAAGUUUUAGACUUAGAAGGGACAGGACUUACCAACCAGUCAGCUAUGAUCCUAUUGGACAUGGUGGAAAACUAUCCAACAGCUCUGAGGACAUUGAUCCUGGCAGAGAACAACAUUAGUCCUGAACUACAACAGCAAAUCUCAGACCUUCUUUCAGAGGGAGAGGAAGAAGAUGAGACUGUAAACCAUGAAGUGAUGGCCAGAGAGAAGAAUUCUUGGAUCUGUCAAAGCAAUUCUAGUUCCCAGAUGGUCUUGGUAACAUCAGGCCUUGGAGAAAGUCUAUUAGCGGAAACAGAGAUGUGAACAGAAUGUCUGAUGAGAAAAAUAUUUCCAUGUACUGAAUUUGGAAAGAUCGUAUAUUGAUGGAAAUGUGUAUUUUCACACAUCUUGUGUAAUGUCUACUGUGCUUCUGAAUUCAUGUGUGCACAAAGCAAAGAUAGGAAAGCUAAUAUGCCUGUAUGCAAAUACUGGGCUGUGUGACUGAAGAUCCAUAUACUAGUCGCCUUUUCUUUCCUUCUCUGAAACCAGAUCCUAAUUAAUCAGUCCUUAUCAUCUGCUUUCAAUGAUUCAGUUGCUGUAUUUUUAUACUUUGCCAUAUUUAACUGAUCUUUGGGAGAAGCUGCAUUUUUUCAGAUGUAUAUAUUUAUGUAUAAGAGAUAUUCUUUUUAUUGCUUGUAUUUAUGCUUGGGUAAAAUUUUAUAAAAUUCACAAAAAUAUGGCAGAGUUCUGAUCUACGUAUGGAUGAAAAAGUUAGAAGGGAGGAGAUGUACACUGAAAAUAGUAACAGCUCACCUGAGCAUGUCAUUAGUAUGUCAUUACGAAAAGCAGAAUGCUAAUAAGAGUUAUGUUGCAAGAAUCUUUUCAACCAACGCCUACACUGAACUCAAUUUCAUGUCUUUACUUUCUCAAGUCUAUUUUGAUAUACUCUUGUUUCACAAAAUGGCAACAGGCCAUUAAAAAUAAAAGCUACAGCAAUCACAUAAUUGAUUGUGGAAAUAAUAUUGAUAAAUUAAUUUAAAAAAUAAAAUGUGGAUGCCACCAAAUUCUCACAUUUUGGGUGGCUCUUCCAAGUUGGGGCUGAAAUGAGAGAGUUCAUACAUUGGUCACCAAAGACAACUUCUUGUCAGUGAACAUGCUGCACUGCUCAGAUAGCUAAAGCCAAGUAAGACGCCCAUAGUAGCACAUUAUCCAUUCUCACCUCCCUAUCCCGCUUCAAGGGGGGAACACAGUCAACUACCAAAGCUGCAGGCCAUCAACACAUUCCAUUUGCAACUCCAGAGGGUUCAUCCCUAUCCUAGAAGUAUCACAGGGGACAGAAGCUGGCAAUGCUAGAUACCUAGCCCUCUCUGUCUUCCAGAUGGAAUACUGGUGUUGAACCACAUCCUCCUCUCUGAAAGCCAUGGCCAGAGAUCUCUAGGAUCAGGCAAGAAUUCACCAAGUAGGCCCAGAUUUCCUAGAUUAAACCUUCCGAUUCAGCCAUGGAAGUGGAGAGAGAGAGAAAAUACCACUAUGGAUGAUUCACAGCCAGAUUAAUUUACAGAAGCAAAUGAGAACCGUAGCACCGUUCUCCUCUUUUGUUCCCCUUUCUUCUUCCUCCCCAGACUUCUACUGCAAUGGACAAGAAUUAGGUUGAUUGCAAGGGGAAGAGAUAUGAUACAGGUAAGUAAGUCACCUUGUCCUCCCACAUGCAAAUUUGGUUGAAGAGGAAGAGACAGUUCUCCUUAGCUGGAGCAGAAGAUUUAACAUUCACGUGUCAAAUCCAUCAGACUUUUCCAAAAGGCAGUUUUUCCACAACUAAGUGGGCAGAGGGAGUAGUCCAUAAAUCCCUAGACUAAAAGAAUCAGAAUUGUUUGCUUCUAUGGAUCCUCCGUUAGAUCUGUUGGAACUUGGUCUAAGGUGAGGUACAACUUACACCCAAUUGUAUAAUCCUAUAAUUUUCCAAAGGCAUUCCUGGACCUGUUCCCGUGAUACCUCUGAUUUUGGAAGCUAAAAGUAUAUAAUGAUGAGAAAGAUGCUUUUAGAAUAUCCAGAGUACAGAAUGAAGAUUAUAUAACACAGAACCCAUUAGCUACUGCCUUAGUCUUAUUACUAAGAGUCUUCCUUGCCUAUUCCAUUUUCCCUAGACUUUUGAUCCCAUGGCCAAGGGGGAGGCAUAAUCAUAAUAGCCAGCCCGGCUUUAUGGCAUAUAUUAACCUAAAUUAUACAGUUUUCAGUUGAAGGCAUCACUUCUAAUGUAGACACCAAGUGACAACUAUGGAUAGAAUACAAGAAAGCAAAGUAAUAAAAUCAGUCCUCAUAUUGGGACUUUUCAAACAUGGUAAUCUAUUUAGAAAGCCUCUAGAGAUAUGGAUCUUACUGAGAUUGAGAAAAAAAAAACUCCUAACCAACCAACCAACCAGGAAUGUAUCAACAACUAAUUCAGAACCAAAGUGAUAACAUUACAAUAGACCAUCACGCUGUUUUAGUAUGAUAUUACAAAACGUAUUACAGACGUUGGGUGUGAUUACAGCUCAUUAUCUCUACUAUUUUUUAUAUAUUUCGUUUCUUCUGGCUUUCUUCCCCCAGCCUUUAGCCCAUUAAGUUAUUACCUACAGGGCUACCUGAAUGCUUGGGCAGCAUGUCAACAGACAGUUGACAUGCCGCCAGUAUUACCAUCAUUCUAGAAAUCCAAUUAUAUAUCUCCUCCACAAAUAAAAUAUAAAGACCUUGAAAACCAAUAGGAGGCAGCAAUGUCUGCAUUUUCUAAUUAGGAUUUUUCCAGUAAGCCUUUGCAUGGUUUAUAGUGGACUUCCAACCAGGGAUGUUUUGGAUUUCAAACACAACCUUCAAAGUGAUUGAAGGUGAGGUUGAUGUGGAUAUUAGCAAAACAUCUAGAAGGACUCAUGUUGGGAAGGCUGGUAUACAAGUAUAUCAAGCAUUUGAAGGGACUUUAAAACCUAAACACUGAAAAUUAAAAAAAAGAAUAUAUGCUUCAUGCUACACUAAGGUCUUCAGCAUCCUGCUAAAGAUCAACAGUGAAUUGUUACCUAACUGAUAAUUCCAGGAAAAAAAUCAAUUUGAAUAUAAUCAUAAAGGAAAGUUAAUCUUGGUGUAAUUUACAGGUAGAGUUGUAUCUCGGUGGUAUAGCAAUCUUUUGCAUUAAGAUGGUUCCAGAUUAGACCCCUUGCAUUUCUGGUUAAAAUAUCAAUUAUCAAGUUUUGAAAAAUACCUGUGAUUGCACCUUUAGAAUUUUAGCAGAAGAUUUCUAUGGUCUGUUUCUGAUUCAAGCC